CUAACUUAUUGAACGCCAGCGUGCAGUUGCAAAAGCUCACAGCAGCUCCAAGAAAGGAGUCCCGAAAGCCCUUUGCGCGAGAAAUUGAUAUGCUGUCACCUUCUUAAUAACACGUCAACCAAGUUGCAGCACUAUGAGCUCUUUGCUUUUGAGCAGAAGGGCCUCCGCUCAAGGGCUGUUUCGUCGCGAGACGCCUAGCAUCGCUUGGGCGCAUGGGCGUUGCCACAGGGCACCUGUUCGGCACCGGCCAGCAUCGCGUUGUGGAGCAGCGCCCGUACUUGCUGUGACUAUCCAGGACACGGUCCGACACUUCCUGCCCUUCCAGAACGGAAGCCCUGCGCCCGGCAACGUCACGAAGCUGGAGGACGAAGGGUUGUUCAAAGGGCAGGUUGUAUACUCAAAAUUCACCUGGCCAGUGGUACUUGGCGGCGAGGAAGUAUACAUCUGGGGGAGCUUCAAUGACUGGAGCAAGGGUGUGCGAUUGCACAAAGUCGACCGGAACACCGACGCCACGGUCAUUCUGCCACUGCGGCCAGGGACAUAUGAGUUCAAGUUCGUUGUGGACAAGGUGUGGACGCCGGCCCCGCAUGAGCCCACCGUCACCAACGCAGAGGGCCACCUGAACAACUUCCGGGUGAUCGCGCCCACCGCCACCUUCACGCUCAAGGCGCCCAAGGCGGACAGCGUACUGGUCAUUGGCGACUGGGACAACUGGCAGUACUCGCUGAUGCUGCAGAAGGACCCGGCCACGGGGGUGUUCACGGCCAAGGCGCACCUGCCGCCGGGCCAAUACAGCUACGUGUAUGUGGUGGACGGCAAUGUGGUGACGGACCCGGGGCUGCAGACCUACCCGGACGCCGAGUACGGAGACGUGCACCGGAUAUGGAGCUUCCUGCCCGACCUGUUCCGCGUCUUCUACUGCACCGGCUGGGAGGAGGCAGUGCUCAACUACCGCCGCGUGGUCAACGGCCAGCCGCUCACCAAGGAGUGGCAGCAGCUGACCAUGGUGAACGCGCCCAGCCGCGGCAACUCGCUGGGGGUGUGGAAGAUGGCCACCAUCGUGCCCACAGACCCCGCCGAGGUGUUGGAGUUCACGCUGAACAAUGGUGUGCCGGCCGGCGACGUGGCCCGCUUCAAGGAGGACCGGCCCGGCAGUGGCCCCGUGUACUCCUGCCCCUUCCCCGGCUCGUUCAAGCUGGCCAAGGGCAUGCUGCGGCCCUUCCCGCGCGGCGCUGAGGCGCGCAUCAUGCUGGUGAGCGACAUUGACGGCACCAUGAUUGGCGACAUGUCCAGUGCCGACGUGUUCACCACCUCGGAGCGCUUUGCGGACUACUGGGAGAACAGCGCCUCGCUCACCGGGUCGCUGCUGGUCUACAACACAGGCCGCAGCCUGGGCCAAUUUGUCGACCUGAUGAAGAAGUGCGACGGCAAGGUGGCCAUCCCGGAUGUGGUCAUCACGGCCGUGGGAACAAAGGUGUGGCACCUGGACGAGACCAACGGGCGCACCGCCGCCUCCGGGCUCAAGUGGAUCGAGGACACCAACUGGACACUCAGCCUGGACGCCGGCUGGAACCUGGACGUGGUGCGGCGGCUGGCUCGCCAGGUGAUGGGCGCCUACAACGACGUGUCGCUGCUGUGCAUCCUGGACGACGGCUCGGAGCACCGGCACCGCAUGGCGCUCACGGCGGACGUCAAGGUGCUGGACGCGGUGGUGGAGCGGCUCAAGGACGGAUUCAGGAGGGAGCGGCUGGAGGUGCGCAUCAUCACCUCGGGCAACGGCUCGCACCGCUACAUCGACUGCGUGCCUCAAUCGGCGGGCAAGGAGAAGGCCCUGCAGUACGUGCGGCAGCAGUUCGGCAUCCCCGAGCACCUGUGCGUGGCGGCGGGCGACAGCGGCAACGACAUCCUGAUGCUGGAGGGCGACCACCCCGCCAUCGUGGUGGGCAACGCGCAGCCUGAGCUGGUCACGUGGCUGGUGCGGCAGGAGCAGAACGGCAAGGUGAUCUACGCCGACGCCAGCUACGCCGACGGCAUCCUGGAGGGACUGGCGCGACACAGCCUGUACUAGAUGCGAGGGAGCAGGAGGAGGAGGGAGAGGCAGCGGUGGUGCGGGAGCUGGCAUGGAGGAGGAGGCGGCGGCGCUGGCGUGCAGGGGCGGGACGAGGCGUGGCUGGAGGAGCGGCCGCUGGGUGGGACAGGGGCAGGGAGGAGCUGGUGGAGGGAUGGGUGUUGGGAAGCAGGCGGAGGGGCGCGGCCCGGGCCCGGCAGGACCUGGCCGCGGUCUCGCUCGGGGUGCCAGGGUGGCGGCGGCAGCAGCAGCAGCAGCGGCGGCGGCAGCGGACUGGCCUGCAGAUGCAGCUGGACGCAUCGGGUCACGCGGCGGCAUGUGCGGGGGGCCCGGCGACAGGCACGGGGGCAGCCAUGCCCUAUGGCCUGUAUACUUAGCAGGCGGGCCUGGGGCAGGUGCAGCAGCGUGUGUUGGGCUCCGCACAGUGUUACGGUGCUGCCAGGUUGGCGCGCCGGCGGUGCUGCUUUCAGGAAGGCGAGGGACGCGCCCUCGCUGAGCGUAGGCACGCAAGGUCGCGUUCGGCUGGGCGGCGGGGCCGUGCCAUGGGGCCUGCCCGAGCGGCGGCGGGAGCAGCAGCUGCCUGGAAGGUGCCUGGACACAUUGCCGAGGUACACAUGAAGACGACCUAGAGCAUUGCGGUGACGCUAUUGCACCAAUUGGGGCCGCUUAGGGGGCCGCUGGCGUCUCGCCGCGGUGACUCUGAUGUACGGCAUGUGUUGGGUGAUCAUGGCCGUGGGUUGAGUUUGGGUGGACUGGAGGACAGCGUGACUGCAUGUGCUCUGGCGUGCCUUUGUUUGAAAACGAGUUGUUGGAGAAUCGUGGGUGUAUGCAUGCACUGUUUGAUUGGCGGCAGUAGCUGGUGUGCCGCUGGCCCACCUGCCAGCAACACGAGGACGAGUGUGGGUCUGUGGUGGGUGUGGGCGAAGACGUAAAGUCAUGCCUGAUGCAAUCCAAUCCAAGAUCGCUCAAGGGGUUAUUGCAGUUAUGCUAGUAGGGCUCUGCUAAUUAAGGUAGGCUCGGGCAUUCCGGCCCCAGGGUUCGACGUCGUGGCGGUUGCUGAAUCGUCCACUGUAUUCGUGUGUUUGUAUUGUGCGAAGCUCGUUUUUGUGUGUGCGACUGCUACGCAGCCACCUCCUUGUUGUGUGUAGAAUGCCUCGUGUCACUGCGACAUUAAAGACGCCGCUUGUCGGUAAGCAAUAAGAGCCGCGCGAGGUCACCACGAGUAUGCAGUAGCAGUGAGAGCCUUGCGUGCGUUAACAACACUUUGAUGGAAGAGUGGAGGCGCGGCAUGGCGGCAGCUGCUGGACACAAGCAGAACACCCGGUGCUGCUGCACGGGGCUGAGGCAGCCGGCGUCGUGCUGUAGGACCCAUGGGCACUAGGCACUAGGACGGAAGCUGUGAUGUAGGCGCUCGCACUGCAGUGCAACAGGCAAUUCGGGUGCAGGCUAGCAGGUGAGCUGUACCUUGAGCUGAGACGUCACACUGGCGCUUUGAAGAUACACAACCGCGCGUGAGCAUUUUGUUAAUGGAGAGAGAAAGAGAGCGCAACAGCAGAGCCUGUAAACGCUGG